AAAGGUCUCGUCGGUUCCCGCGACGCUUUCAUUUCCUGCGAGUUUUUCGCCCCUUUUUCCCUUUUUUUUUUUUCCCUUCUUUUUAGCCCUGCUAGGGUUUAUACUCAUCACAUGAUCACCCUCUCCUUGGGUUUCUCACAUCGCUCGGGGGCCGCGUCCGCUUCGUUCUCGAGGGUUUGCGAUGGAGAAUCGCUGGGACUUCUUGGAAUGGCUGGGCCCGGAUACCUCGACGACCGUGUUCAUGCGAUUGGAAGAUGCCGCCGAUCUCGCGCGCGCCAUUGCCGUGUCCCGAUCGUGGCGCCAAUUUGUAAUUAUGAACAGUUUUAGCAAGAAUCUUUGCCUAAAAAUUUGUCCGGAGGCUUCAAAGUUUAGUCAGAUAGUGGAAGUGAAUAGUUCAACCACAGAUCCGGAAGUUGGGUCUAGCACUGCUACAGAAUGGAGAAGAAUGGAGAGGGAACACAGGAUUUAUAUGUAUCUUCUUCACUGCAUUGUUUCACCUAAAGGUUUCCGGGAUUGCAUCCUUCAUUGUAUAGGUGCUUCCAGCACUGAUAAUUUUCCAGAUGAGAGCAUUGAAAACACAUUGGAACCAAGCGACCGAGUGGAUAUGAGACCAUCGUACUGGUCUAGUAGUGGGCAGAGAGAUCCUGGAGUACCUGAGAGUCUAACUUAUCGACUAGGCUCUGAUUUAUGCGUCAUUAAUGAAAUUAAGAUACAGCCGUUCAAAGCAUUUUUCCAGAUUGGUCAUCCCAUAUAUUCUGCCAAAUCUGUGCGCUUUUGGAUGGGUCAUUCCAAGCUCUCUCCAGAAUUGGAAUCAGCAUCGUAUCUCUCUGAUGAGAAUGAAGGCCAACUAACUGCUGUUGACAACUAUGUAUGGACAUAUAUAUCACCAGAGUUUCCAAUGUUGCAGGAAAAUAUUUUGCAAUCUUUUAAGCUUCCGCGUCCGGUUCUUUGCAUUGGCGGUGUAGUGAAGAUUGAACUUUUGGGUAGGGUUCAGAAACAGGCAAUUGAUGAUUUGUAUUACAUAUGCGUGUGUCAUGUCCAAGUGAUCGGUCGGCCGCUCUCGCCUGUCCUAGCCGUUAAUAUUCUAGAGGGUGAUGGUGGUUCCAUUCUCAAGUACUUUCCCGGGGCCAGGGACUUGGGUGGUUGGCAUGCGUUUGGCGCCAGACACGGGCAGAUGGGAGCCGCGGGAGGAUGCAAUCAAGCGGUCCUCAACACACUGCUCGAGCCUGUACUGUUUGCCGAUGACGGCGAUGUUUCGGGGGAAGAAGACUCUUUUCCCGAACCAGCAUUGUAAGUUAAUAGCUGCGGCGUUUUGGCCCCUAUCCUUACGGUUUGCCGGUCAAGCCUGAAAAGUAAUUAUAGUCGCGCUACACUUGUUGUUUGUCGAAGAGCACUAACUAUACUCGUCUCGCAUAUCGGGGGUGCGUUUUGUCCGAUGCUCACAAACAAAACGCCCCAAAUGAAGUAAAGUUGUAUAGGUUUGCUGAGAUAUCUGCCCCUUUCAGUUUCUUUUUAUCAGUCAUAAGUGCUGCUGUGGUUUUUUCGGUCGUCUGUGAUCAACAUUUUCUGGAAGCUUCUACAAUAAGCACUUGAUCUAAAGGAUGAUCUGCUUUGCCCCUUUUGUUUU